UGGUCUCUCCUUGGUUUAUUUUUACAGACUUGCAGAAAGCUUCAGGCUGAUUGCUCACACUCUGAUUACAAAGCUCGGCAAGCUGAAUGGAUUUACCUACUUUGGAAACAGUGCCAGUUUUCUCUGAAAGAUAGAGGGUUACUACUUUUGUCUACGCUUCUCGAGUGGAAAACAAGACAAAGAGCUGUCCAGGAUCACCUUGAAAAAAGAUAUGAAAGCACUUUGUGAAUUAAGGAGAUGAGCAGAUGGCUGCAAUGGCACCUUCAGAGUUGCUGUUAUUUCUUUUGGCUGCAUUUGCAAGAGCUGAAAAUGAAGAGCACUUUGACCCAGCUGUUUGUCGAUAUGCAUUAGGAAUGCAAGAUGGUAAUAUUCCUGACAAGGAUAUCACAGCCUCUAGUUCUUGGUCAGACUCCACAGAGGCCAAGCAUGGCAGGCUGUCAACUGUUGAUGGAGAUGGUGCAUGGUGCCCAGCUGGUCCAGUAUAUCCUGACAACAAGGAAUACAUACAGGUGGACUUACAGCAGCUACAUUUUAUUACUUUGGUAGGAACACAAGGACGACAUGCCAAUGGACAUGGCAAUGAAUUUACACGCUUCUACCAACUACGGUAUAGUCGCAACGGACGUAUUUAUAACACUUGGAAGGACCGUUGGGGAAAUGAGAUCAUCUCUGGAAAUGUCAACACAUAUGAUGUGGUUCUGAAAGACCUGGGCCCCCCAAUUAUUGCCCGUUAUGUCCGCUUCUAUCCCAUGGCUGACCGAGUCAUGAGUGUGUGUUUACGAGUUGAACUGUAUGGCUGUGAGUGGACUGCGGGACUAAAAUCCUAUACAUCUCCAGUUGGUCAUGUGAUGAACCUGUCAGGUGGAAGUGUUUUUUUGAAUGAUUCCACUUAUGAUGGAGCCAUAGGCAAAGGGCUUCAAUAUGGUGGGCUUGGCCAACUUGUUGAUGGAGUUUUGGGACUGGAUGAUUUCCUAGAAGCCAAGGAAUUAAGAGUGUGGCCUGGUUAUGAUUAUGUGGGUUGGAACCGUGAAGCAGCAGGAAUGGCCUAUGUGGAGAUGGAAUUUGAUUUUGACCAGCUACGCACAUUUUACAGCAUGCAGGUACACUGUAACAAUCGUUACCAGGAAGAAGUGAAGAUCUUUCGCUAUGCAGAAUGCAUUUUUAAGCGGGACCUAGUAACUCAGUGGGAGCCUGAUAAAGUCAGUUUGUCUGUGGCAGUGGACAUGAAAGAUCCAAGUGCUCGUACCAUCAUCAUGCCACUCCAAGAAAGAGUUGGUCAAAUGAUCCGCUGCAAGUUCUUUUUUUCAGAUAACUGGCUGCUUAUCAGUGAAAUCUCUUUUGUUUCAGCGGCAGGAGGCUUGAUCUCAUCAACUAUGCUAAUGACUCCAGUUGUGCCAUCUAGCAAGCCUUCUGUAACAACCUAUAAAAUGGAAAACUUGACCACAACUAACAGCAGCACCCUUGAAGUGGAAGAGUGGAUGAUUACCUCAAACACAGGACUUCCUAUAGCAAAAUAUGAUAACAGCAGUACAUCCAUUCUGGUUGGCUGUCUUGUUGCAAUUAUCCUUCUUUUAAUUAUGGUUAUUUUUAUCAUUCUUUGGCGCCAGUAUUGGAAAAAGAUCCUAGGAAAGACUCAAAGGAGGAUUUCUGAUGAUGACCUUAUGGUCCACCUUUCAGUUCCCUGUGACACUAUAGUAAUUAACAAUACUCAGAAUCCACUGACUUCUAGUCGUUAUUGCAGUCGUUACGAACGCAUUCAGCCUUUUGAAGGAGAACAUGUGACAGUGAAUGAAGCAGAGUACCAAGAGCCUAUUCCUCUUCUACGCAAAAGGCCAGAAUCAUGCAUAUCCAAUGAAAAUUCAGCAUCUCUGUUAAACAGACCAGUCUCUCAUGUAUUAUUCUCUGCAGACUCAAGUCAGACCCAAGCCAGCAGAUCAGGAGAUGGAAUCAAAGCUAACAACACUGAUGCAUUUGGAGUAGGUUACAUGCAACCAGAUUUGGUGAAGUCCCCUCCUCUUCAUGAACUGCCACCUCCUUACAGUUGUCCCAGUGGAAUUUCUUCCAUGUCAACUGCUGUCCAGAACAGUGUUCCCCAUUAUGCUGAGGCAGAUAUCAUUAAUCUUCAAGGUGUCACGGGAAACAACACCUACGCUGUGCCUGCAAUCACUGUUGAUGCACUUGCAGGAAAAGAUAUUGCUGUCGGAGAGUUUCCACGCCAACGACUAAUCUUCAAGGAGAAGCUAGGAGAGGGGCAGUUUGGAGAGGUUCAUCUCUGUGAAAUUGCCAACCCACAAGACUUAAUGAGCCUAGAGUUUCCUUUUAACAUCCGUAAAGGGAGACCACUCCUGGUGGCAGUAAAGAUUCUUCGUUCUGACGCCACCAAAAAUGCCAGAAAUGACUUUCUGAAAGAGGUGAAAAUUCUAUCACGAUUGAAGGACCCCAAUAUAAUUGGUCUACUUGGAGUGUGUGUGCAGGACACCCCUCUGUGCAUGAUAACAGAAUACAUGGAAAGGGGUGACCUCAACCAAUUUCUUAACCAAAGGAAACUUGAGGACAAAGCCUGCAGCAGCAGCAACAUUACAACUAUUAGCUAUGAAGCACUUAUAUCCAUGGCAUCACAGAUUGCUUCAGGCAUGAAGUAUUUGGCUUCUCUCAAUUUUGUGCAUCGUGACUUAGCUACAAGAAAUUGUUUAGUGGGAGAAAAUGAUACUAUCAAGAUUGCAGAUUUUGGCAUGAGUCGCAACCUGUAUGCUGGUGACUACUACCGUAUCCAGGGAAGGGCUGUGCUUCCAAUUCGUUGGAUGGCCUGGGAAUGUAUUCUGAUGGGCAAGUUUACAACAGCAAGUGAUGUUUGGGCAUUUGGUGUAACCCUAUGGGAAAUGCUAAUGCUGUGCAAAGAACAGCCAUAUAAUAAUCUGACAGAUGAAGAAGUGAUUGAAAAUGCAGGGGAAUUUUUUCGGGACCAUGGAAAACAGAUGUACCUGACAAGACCAGAAAUUUGUCCACAAGGAUUGUAUGAGCUAAUGCUACAUUGCUGGUGCAGAGACUUUAAAGAUCGACCAACCUUUGUGCAGAUUCAACAUUUUCUUCUGGAAGAGGCUAUGAACAUGGUAUAGAUAGUGGACAGACUGGUAAUAAUAAGGCAUGGGCACUUAAGGCGGGCCUCUAGAGCUCAUCUCUUUCCACUGUCCAUUUUUUAUUUUUUAUUUUUAAGGUGGUGGCUGCAUUGCAGUUGGCUAUUAUUCUGUUGCUGUACUGGGGCUUAGGAGAAAUAUCUUAAAAACAUGCUUACUGUGUCUUCAGCAUCAGCUAAUAUUUUUGUAGACUACUGUUUUUUAAAUUUAGAUAUAUAUUUUUUUAACUUAUCAAUGAUAGGUUUUCAGCUUUGUAUGAUUACAAAUUAAUAGAACAACAAUGGGGUAGUUGCUUGUUUCUGGUUUUUUUCUUCAUUUGUAGGGAACAACUGGAUAUCUUGGGCAAGAGGGUUCCUUAAUAAAACACUGAAUAUAAAAAUUAAAGAAUUUUAUACUAAAGCUAAUUUGCACAGCAGAUAUCAUUCAUAUUUAAUUAACUCUCUUUUAGUACAUUGUAUAUAAGGAAACCACCUGGAUUAGGAUCCAAGUGCAGCUGUGCAACAGGUGACACCGCAUCACCACACUGAGGUAUGAGGUUAUUUUACAGUGGCUGGAAUGCCAAUCCACCCCCCGGGUUUGUCCAGCAAGUUGGAGGACCUGCUUUCAGGGCUG